AAAAAAGAGCACUAUAAUUGGGCCGGCAAGUAAGUUAGGGUUUUUUUUCGUUCGACAUUCGUAUCAACGGAACCUCUGCUGCGGCCGAUCGACGACGAUGCGGAGACUUCCCUUCCCUCACCUCUCGUCUCUCUUCCGUUCGUCCUCUCUCUCUCAUGGCUCUUCGUUCUCCUCUUCUCGCCUCUCCAUUUCUCCAUUUUUUGGCACUGAUGCUCGUUCUCCCAUGUCCUCUCUCCACUUUUCUCACGGAUCGGAGAUCUCUGGAUCCGUUCAACUAGACAGGCAGGAUUCAGGCUGUGUGAACCUUCCACGUGGUGAUUCUGUGAAUGUUGGACGGGAGAUUGUAGGACGUGCUUGGAAAGCCUUGGGAGCUCAAGGGCCUUGUUGGGGUUUGGCGCGUUCGAGUGAAAAUGUCUCUGUUCCUUAUUCUUCUAGCUCUAGAUGUUAUGUACACUACGAUGGUCGGCCGAAUGCUGAUACAGGAAGGAACUUUAAGUCCAUGAACUUCGUCAGGGGAAUUUUAGAGGAAGAUGGAAUGGAUUUUAUGGGUAGUUCUCAGUUUCCUAGACCACCCAAUAUGGAGCACAAUGCUGAUAUUGUCCAUGUAAAGCUGAUGCGUAACAAUACAUUUAUCACUGUUACGGAUAACAAAGGAAACACAAAGCUUAAGGCCUCUUCUGGCCGUCUUGAAGAACUGAAAGGAGGGCCUAAACUGUCCCGUUAUGCUGCCGAAGCAACUGCAGAGUAUGUUGGCCGUGAAUCUAAAAAAUUGGGGUUGAAAUCAGUUGUGAUGAGGGUGAAAGGCUUUACUUACUUUAAGAAGAAAAAACAAGCGAUCUUGAGUUGGAGAGAUGGUUUUACAGACUCUAAACGUGAUCAAAAUCCAAUUGUUUACAUUGAAGAUACUACAAGACGUGCUCACAAUGGUUGCAGACUUCCAAAGCAACGCCGUGUCUAGGUGUAUGGGACUGGAAUCUUGAUGAUGACGACUUUUUAUCUUUGUUGGAAAGUUUUCCUGGUUCAAAUGGAUGUAGCUCGCCCUCAAGUUCCUACUUGCCCUUUGCAAUAAUGAUGACAAUUGGAUGAUACAUCAGUGUAAAAUUUUCCAGGUUUAAAUUGAUGUAGGUUGCCUUCAAGUGUUCACUUACUGCAGUAACGAUGAUGACGGGAUGUUUUUAUAUACACCAACAUCAAAUAAGUGUUUUCUUUUUAUUCAAGUUCAACGACACGUGAGAUUGAAAGAUUCGAAACAGCCUCUUGAUAUAUGCCUUAUCUGUUUGGACUUCAUUUGAGAUAUGCAAUAUCAACUUUCUCCUUGCA